AUGGUACUGGAAGAUUUUAACACCCUACCCCUAAUAAAGUCAAUAAGAGAAGACAACCUUGACAAUGUACUCAAAUUCCUUGAGGAAAACUACAAAGAGUAUGAAGUUAAUGCCAAGGGUGAAUAUAGCAGCAAGAUAGAAAUCAUAGAUAAACAGACCCACUCUACCCCUUUGUUUUAUGUGACUGCAAGGAAAAAUGACGAAGAAUCGGUUGACCUAUGUAAGUUAUUGAUUGAAAGAUUUGCCAUCUGCAAUCCCACGGCAAAAGACUUAAUGAAACAGACUUGCUUGUUUUAUGCUGCCAGAGAAGGGCAUACCAAUUUAUGUAAUUAUUUAAUUGACAAGGGUUGUAACCCUAAUGACGCGGAUAAUUUUGGACAAACAUGCCUAUUUUAUGCUUCAAGAGAGGGGAAGACUGACUGUGUGGAAACUUUAAUAAAGAAAGGGGCAAACCCUAACUUACUGGAUUUGAAUAAACAGACUUGUUUGUUUUAUGCGUGCAGGGAUGGGAGAUACGACACGGUGAAGUGUCUACUGGAGAACGGGGUUAACCCCGCCAUCAAAGACGCGCAGAGGCGAACCGCUUUGACGUUCGCCAAGGGGAAUGGGCACAACAACAUUAUUAAUUUGCUUAAGAAUGCUAAGACACUGAGCAAGCCUUAUGCGGAGGUGGCCAUCACAACGAGUUCCCAAGGAGGGAUAGUCAAAAGUGAAAACAACGCAAUUGCCAGCACCCCGGGGGAUUCCAACAGUAAUGUUAACGCCCUGCGAAAGAAGUACAAGCUACAGUACAGGCCGCUGGAGGAAGAAGAUCCGCAGCUGUGGGUGGAUGCGCCAUUGAUAAAGUUAAAAGAAUUUGAGAGGAAGUUCCCCGACAUAGCUUUAUGGCCAAGGAACGUGACCACCACACCAAACUUAGAGGUGAACCACUCUAAUGAUCCCUUCAACAAGCAGUGGUACGUUAUAGCGAAUCAAAUAAUGCAAAGCCUAAGCAAGUACGAAGGGGGACAUAUCUUCGAGAAGCUAGUAGACGCCAAAAAACAAAACUGUCCAGAUUACUACGACGUUAUAAAAAAUCCAAUGUCAUUUAGUUGUGUAAAAACGAAAUUGAAAAAAGGGCAGUAUGGGUUGCCGACUGAAUUCAUUAGAGACGUCCAAUUAAUUUUCGAUAAUUGUAGUCUGUACAAUACGUCCGGGUCCCUUGUUGCCAUUACGGGAAAGAACAUCGAAGCUUAUUUUAACAACCAGCUGAUAGUAACAGGGUAUAACAACUUCGUGACCAAGGCGAAUACAAUAAACGAGCGUUUGCAAAAAGUGGAAGAUGAAAAUGUCAAGUGGAGUGCUGAGCGGGAGGUGGUUAAGGAAGAACAGCCCGGCGAAAGGAACCAGGAGCAGAAGCCAGUCGCACCUAUGGCUUGA